CGAUGGGUUCAGAAGUCGACGAGACAGGAGGGGAGCCGUUUGUCCGGCCGUAGAACUCUUGUGACGUCACGACCUCCGCGUCCCGGUGAUCUGCACGGGUUGAGGGCGAGGACAUUAAAUUUGCACAAAUGCGAAUGAGUGAUGACGUAGGAGGGCCCGUGGUGCUGAACGAGCGCCCCUCCUUCCCCCCCAAUGAGUGUGCGUGCGCGCGCGCGCCCUCUCGCCAAUUGGAUGUUUGCUGCUCCACGCGAGACUGCUUGACGGCUCCUUGACGCCACACCGCCAGGUAAGAAGCAAGACGGACACUUGGGCAACUCGUCGCUAGUCCGUUCGGGUCUAUUUGAACCAAGUGGGAGUCGCAAAAGUCAACUUUGAAGCGCGGCCGCCGUUCGACCGCAGGCUAGGUUCGGCUCGGUUCGCCCGCCCUCUGGUUCGCUCGACGACGGAGCCGAAAGUGUCUGGAGUGGGGGGAGAGUUGUAUCGUCACGCAGUCGCGAGCGCCGCCGCCUUUCCUCGACUCGGGGGGCAACUUUGGUCGCCCCCCACCCCCGCCUUCCACCCCUCGCUGGUCUAGUGAAAGUGCAUCCCGAAUGUUAGCCGUUAGCCGGCUAGCUUCUGGCUGAAGAGGAGGCUAACUUGUUUAGCUUGGCCGAGCCGUUCCGGUUCUGCUCGGGCUGUUUUGCCCGGCCGAGUUUACGGGCUCGCUCGAGUGCUUGUCGUCCGCCGGCGCCGCCGCCUACUCCUCCUCCUGGAAGUCUGCGUUUGACAACGCUAAGCUAACACCAGACGCCGGGGUCAUCCGAGGUCUGGAACCAGCCCAGGGAAAAGCCCCCCCCCCGCUCAGCUGACAUUCCAAUGUGUAGCGGGGCCCGGGCCGCCGCUCGCCCGCCCCCGCCCUCUCUGUCCCACUCGGGACCCUCCCCGGCCCGGCCGUCGCAGUCCAUGAGAAGCACUCGAGCGGCGCGCCUGGCCGACGCCGGCCCCUGGUGGUCAUCGCCCUGAAGGUCGCUAUGCCCGCUCGCAGAAAGUCCUCCGCCCCCUGCGUGGUCCGAGCGCUCGGACCGAGUGACCCCGAGGCGACGCCGGACGCGGACAUCUUCGACGUGGAAAUGUUGCGGCAAGACAGUCCGACGGACAGGACCGAGCCUGACGCCAAGAGCCAUUGCCCGCGGGAUGCCCAUCGUCCGGACCAGGAAAAUCUCCACCCUGAGCCAUCGGAAGAAGAGCGGUCCGGCGAGCGGGGAAAGGAUGCGGCGCGCUCCGAGCGCCAGGCUCCGAAGAAAGAGUCCAAAGGCUACGAGUGCAAGUGCUGCCCGUUCCGCUCUCCGAACCUGACAGACUUUCAAGAGCACGUGGACUCCAGCCACCCCAACGUGAUUCUCAAUCCGCUGUACCGCUGCGCCGCCUGCGACUUUGACGCCAAGAAGUUUGAGCUUCUCACGGAGCACAACGACAACCUUCACCCCCACGAGAGCAACUUCAAAUUCAAGAGGAUCGAGAGGAACAAUCGGACCGUCCUGGAGCAGACCAUCCGAUCGCAGGGCCGUCCUGGUCCCGAAGAACGCGGCGGUGCACGCGAGGCUUCGGGGUUCCCGCCUCGCUUCUUUACCGCGGCGAAGACGCCCGACCCCGUCGAGGGUCUCUCCGAGCGGCGGGAUGGGAUCGCGGCGCUCAACAUCAACGGCGCCGUCAUUAUUCCCGAGCCCUCCGUUCUGCGGGACCCGUCGUCCCAUGUCACCCCCGUGCUCCGCCGCCCGCCCAACUACCACUGCCAACCCAAAAUCGCCGUUCCUCUGAACAGCAGCAAAUAUAACCCGUCCUUGGACCACAACCCGACUCUGAUCGCCUCCUUCCACAAGUUCCCCUACCCGACGCACGCCGAGCUGUCCUGGCUGACGGCCGCUUCCAAGCACCCGGAGGAGCAAAUCAAAGUUUGGUUCACCACCCAGCGACUCAAGCAGGGAAUCACGUGGUCCCCGGAGGAAGUGGAGGAGGCCAGGAAGAAGAUGUUCAACGGCUCCGUACCGGCGGACCAUCACACGUUCGCGACCCCCGCCCAGCCUCGUUUCCAAAGCGUCGCGUCGACUCCGAACCCGGCCGCCGGGGUCUCUGCAGGCUCCGCUCACGCGCCGAAACGAUCCCUGGCGGCUCACGGCGGUCCCGAGUCCAAGCGAGCCGGCGCGGCGGUGGCCCCCGGUCAAGAAGACCCCAAAGACAAGGCGCCCAACGCUCCCCCCCAACCGGAGUCGCCCGCCGUUGUGCCUGUGGUGACCUCGUCCUUGUCAUUGUCGUGCGCCAAGGGGAAGCUAGGAAACCCCAAAACCAAACCGGUGGUCUCGCUGCCAUCCAUGGUCUUUCCGGAGUCCUUAACGAGGCCGACCAUCGCGCCGCCCCCCGUCUUCGCCCCGCCAUUUAAGAGCUCAUUACUUCUGCCCCGACUUUGUAGACCUCUGCCGGCCGCCAACGUGACAUUCCCCAAUUUGCCUUCGCCUGUCAGCCCCGCCGCGGUCAGGAGGCCCCCCGUCAUCCGGUCGGCAGCCACUCCGGCCAAGGUCCCCGCCGGCAUCGCACAAGAAGAAGAGCGCAGCGACGGCACGGGCGGGACGCUCUCCGAGUGUUCUCGCGAGGCGGCGGCGCUCGGGAUGGCGGAGGGCGGCGAGCUUCCGCUUGUGGAUUCGCAGCGGCGCUCCCCGGCCCUCGCGCAGUUCCCGCUGCUGGAAAGGAUGCGGGGCAAGACGGCCGAGCAGCUGAAGAUCCUGGAGGAGCAUUUCCUGAGGAACGUCUUUCUCUCGCAAAGCGACGUGGACCGGCUGGCCCUCGCCGCCGGUCUGUCCCGUCGGGAAAUCGACGGCUGGUUUGCGGAGCGCCGGGCGCUGCGGGAUAACAUGGAACUGGCCCUCCUCAACUCCAUGGGAGCGAAAAAGACCGAGGCCGACAAAGACGCAACCCUGCCCCUGAAUGGGAUCCGCCAGCCGGGCUCGAGCGCGCCGGGUGGCAAAAGUGGCUCGGGGCCGCCGCCCCGCUCCGUUCAAAGUUCCCACUCGCCGGCGCUUCUGAAGGAGCGUUUUGCUCAAACCGAAGGGGUCGCCGCUCUGUCUGAGGUUUGGCCCGGAUUGGCCGGUGUGGACGUGGCGCGCUGGUUCUGUGACCGCCGUUCCACACCGCACGCGCAACUUUUCCAUCGUGGCGCGGCGAGCGGAGGUGCGGGGCCUCCGGAGAAAAGCGCCGCGUCGAGCCCCGCCGAGCGCUGCCGGGAAGGCGGCGCCGAGCGUCUGGAGGCCCAACCGGGCUGGCCGCCGCACGCCGAGCUGCAAGACCGCCUCGCCGGCAGGUGCGAAUGACAACGGUGGUCUUUUUCAUCUCCCCCGUCGAGGACACGUCGAGAACAACGCCGCGUUGCCAUCAUCCCCUCCCCCCCUGUCUCCGCUUGCCAAAGGAUGAUUGACAGGAGGCGCGUCCCCACAACGAUUGCUACGCUUAGCUGGUGCUGCUAACGCGCGCUAACGCCUUCUCUCAGGUUGUCUUGCUUUCAUGGGUUGGGUUGGCAGCCAUUUUGAUUCCCCGUGUGCUGAUUGAUGCUGACUUUGGGACUUUUUUGGGUGGGAGGUGUCACCAUGGAGAAUGAACGACAACACCUUUGGCACUGCCCCCUUUCUACUUGCUGGAAGUCGCCACUCACGUGUGUGUGUGUGUGUGUGUCAUUGUGAGAAAUUAUUUUAUUUUUCAAUGGCCUGCUUCCACUGGUUUGCAAACAAAAGAAUGCCGCACACACACACCGCUUGGCAACAACAACAACAAAGUCAGUUGUGAGCCCAGACUUUUGUCUGCCACUCCCCUGCUGAGAAGGGGAGGCGGGGGGGGGUUCUCCACAUAAGAUCAGACGAGAAAAAAAAAGGAAAGGACUUUUUUGUUGAAGGGUGCAUCGGAGAAGUGCUGUUUGGUUGUCACGUUUGGGCCAGCCAGCUUGCGGCUGUGUCCUCACGCGACAUGUCACAUGUGGUGUCCAUGCUCCACUUGUUUGCUUUGCUGCCACUUGAGACAAGCGGCCCAAAGGACACCGAAAAAAGGUCCUUCUGCUACAACCGCACAUGUCCGCACACCGCAUGUACUUUUGCGUCGGGAUGCACCGAUAGCCGUACGUCUGUGCCGGUACCGCCAAGCCGCCAUCUUAUAUUCCGCCUGCUUGGAGCAUGCGCUGUGGCACGCAUUUCAUUUCUGUUUUUUGAAAAAUCCGCUAGCGCCGCGUUGAAUGCACUGAGGUGUUUUUGUCUUUUGAUGUGGACCGUUUGAAAAGCCGAGUAGCAAACCUUUUCGUUUAGCUUCAAGCGUUUAGCCUCCGACCGUCACAAUACGAUUGGCGGUUGAUUCAUGAAGCGCAUCUUUGUCGCAGUUGCGACACGAGAUGUGACGGCGAUUUGCUCUCACCGCGCAGUAAAUGCAAGGAUGAAUAGCGGUUGUCAUCUUGGCCCUCCCCAAGAAGGGAUAUCGGUGCAUCCCUACUUUUGUGUCCUUUGACUCGAUGAAUGUCAAAUUCCCCCUCAGUUGCCGUCACGCGUGGGCUUGACUUUCUGAUGGGACGCCAUGAAUGUUGAUGCUAAGCUAACGCACAUGUGCUAAUUAGCACCUGUUUCCUAUCAGCUAGCUUUUGGACCAGGCCACGCCCAUUCCUCUCACACACGCAGGCACGCCGCUGCUUUGAUGAGCCGACCUUUUUGUCUCAGGCGUCACUUUUGGCUCACGUUUGUGAUUUCAGGUCAAAGUCAUGUGAUGUCCUUCAAUAAAGCGCUUUUUACACCGCCA